AUGCCCAAGAUUCGACCAGGCAUGAGGCGCCCACCGCCAGGGUUUGAGCUGAUCAACGACAAGCUUGACGAGUACGAUGCAGAGAUGCGGCUUGUGCUGUCCGAUGAUCCGCAGCAGGCCCAGCUCCCCACAUGUGGCAGUGGCGCGAAGAGAAGCGGUGUCGCAUCUGGCAGCACGGAGAAGAUUGCGGAGGACGGGAACGGCACGAAGAAGGCUGAAGUGGUGGAUUUGGAGAAGCCAGUCCCACCGCUUUGGCGUGUCGCCCGCAUCAAUCGAGAGCGGACGCGCUAUGUGUUCAGUGCGUGCUAUCUCGAGAAGGCAAUAUCGAACGAGGUUCUGAAUUACUGUUGUGAGAUGAACUUUAUUGACGCAGGGCUUGUGCGGCGGUGGAAGUUGCCAGGGUAUGAGCGCCUGUGUUGCACCGCGUGCUGCAUCCCCGGCACAGCGAGUGCGUCGGCGCGCAUGGUGAGCAAGCACACAAAUCGCAACAAGCCCGGCCGGCGUGAAGGCAAUAGCGGGGAGGCGCGUGUGGAGGGCACAUGCAUUUGCCGCGUCCCGGCGGAGCAGCGCCGGAUGAAACGGCUUGAAGGGUGCACAGUAUGCGGCUGCACGGGCUGUGGGUCCGGCGGAAAGAGAAGGCGUGAUCCAAUGGAGGAGCAAGGCGAGGCUGCACCAUCCAAAGUGGCCAGGCGUUGUGAGGGUGAGUCAGUGCAGUAUUAA